GGCGCGCCUGCAACGGCCCGGCAGCGGCGGCCAGUGAGUGCCGCCUGGACGUGUGGGGCGCGCGGCUGCACUCUCCGCCGACGCCAUGGAAAACACAGCGGGAGCUGUCAUGUUGCUGAUACUGUGUGUGGUGAGCGCCGGUAGGGCCGCCGACAUGAUGCGGCAGUCGAUCGUGUUCAACCCGGGCACGCCGGACGUGUUCUACUGCCCGCUGCACAAGCCGAAGUCGUUCCACAACAUGCUGGUGAAGGCGCGGCCGCUCUCCAAACUGUGCGAAUUCAAGGGCCGGCCGCUGCCGGAGGGCUACAAGUCCGACUGCUACAACGACGUAGACGAGACCGAGUUCGCCUGCGCGGAGAAGCACCGCAUUUUGCCGCGCCUGCAGUCGGAGGAGGAUCAGCUGAAUGGCAUCUGGGAGGCGGUGUAGCGGAAGCUGAUGCCGCUGCCGGCCGAUGGGGCCAUCGGCACCCCCUGUGGCUGCCACUGAGUGAUAACAUUGGCCAAAUGCCGCGCGCGAACGGCACACAGGCGUCAACGGGUCCACGAGGUCUGCGGCUAGCACUGGAAACGGCAAGCAGACAGCAGAUGCUGGAUGGCGCUAACAGCCGUGCUCUAGAUAGCACCUAGCUAACACUGGUCGUGAGCAUUGUCCAGGAUAGUGUUUCGCUUAGAUCAUUGUGAGAUAUUUAUGGUGCAUUUACUCAAAUGCGCCUGGGAGGAGUACAUGUUUUUCAUGUUGUGUCACAUGUGGCUUCUGUGUCUGCGUGUCCGCGUGCCAUUAACAACAUCAAAAUAGGAUGUCCUUCAAGGGGUUUCAGCCUUAAAAUCCUUAAAUAUACAGCUCAUGAGUUUCCAGCAAGCCUCGCUGCUGAUAAGCAUGAUGGUAUUUCGUAUUACAAAGACGUACCGGAUAAUUUUAGGAGAAAUAAUAAAAUAAAAAAACAUAUUGCAACUGUUUGUAAAUGGGCAAACGAAGCACCAACCUAAUUACAUAUCUGCGUUGUAGCUGCAUUCGUUUUCUGCUCUUUUUAGCAGAAUGGCCAGCUCCGAAGCUCUCUUUGUCGUCCAUGCCUUGUCCUGGAAGAAGUCGCUUUAUUCUUCUGUUUAAAUACAUAUGGUCUACCAAA